AUGGUCUACACUAGUAAUGUUUACUCUUCUUCCGGGCAAUUGCUUUCAUCACAUCAAACCAAAUUUUGUGAGACUUUCCAACCUUGUUGGCCUUGGUUGCUGUACAUACAUCUUACUAUUUUCAAAUGCACUGGUGACAAGAAUUUCGUACAGUCAGUCGGCCAUAAGGGUACUGAAGUUGGUGUUCAAUUCUUGGACAUAGCAUAUGGUCUUGUUCCCGAAUCUGGUGAUGUGCAUAGUUGUCUUGGCCUUCUCGUACCAGGUAGGCUAGGCUUGGCUGCCAGCCAUGAAGAGGAUAGGUGUCGGUGA